GUUUUGUGUUGCUGAUUGCAUGCAGAACAGCCAUACAGAAGAGUUUUAUUGCAGCGGUUUUUCUGCCCUUCAGGGAAAUGACCUAAGGUGAUCAGGCCAUCAGAGAUAUUAAAAUGUGUGACGAUGCUGGCGACACCUUAGCCACUGGAGACAGAGCAGAAAUGACUGAGAUGCCCAAGACACCUGCUAGUGAUUCUUUACCUGAAGACGCAGCAGGACAGUGCGAUUCGGCUACCUGUUCAAGUGAGCCAGUGCCAGCUGAUCCCGGAGGAGGUGAUUUGCAUGAGAAUGCAGCUGGUCAGGGUGCGGAGACUGCUGCCCAGGGGCACCCAGCACCGUGCACAGACACCACUGCCCUGGAGCCCCCUCUGCACAAAGAAGCGACUGAGGAUGCACUUGCCGAGUGCAUUGAGUCUGUCAGCCUCGAGGGAGAACCCGGAUCUGAAAUACCCCUGAUGGAACAGAAUGAUCAGGCUGUGGAGUCCCCUCCACAGGGAGGAGGAUGGGCCGGCUGGGGGUCCUGGGGCAAAUCUUUGCUCUCAUCUGCAUCUGCCACCGUGGGUCAUGGAUUGACAGCAGUCAAGGAAAAGGCCGGGGCCACCCUACGGAUUCACAGUGGAAAUUCCGGAUCUUCCGAAGGGGCCCAACCUGAUGCUGAAAACGGAGUCCCUGAAAAUGCGGCUACAGAUCAAGCCCCGGCAGGAAGCACCCCCACCUCUCCUCCGCCAGGCUCUGGCUCUCGGGGCAUGCUCUCCGCCCUCACCAAUGUGGUUCAGAACACUGGCAAAAGCGUCCUAACCGGAGGCCUUGAUGCUUUGGAAUUCAUCGGCAAGAAAACCAUGAAUGUCCUUGCAGAAAGUGACCCUGGGUUUAAGCGGACUAAGACUCUCAUGGAGAGAACCGUUUCCUUGUCCCAGAUGUUAAGGGAAGCCAAGGAGAAGGAGAAGCAGAGACUGGCACAGCAGCUCACAGUGGAGAGAACUCCGCACUACGGGAUGCUGUUUGAUGAAUACCAAGGUUUGUCCCACCUGGAAGCCCUGGAAAUUCUGUCCAACGAAAGUGAAAGCAAGGUUCAGUCAUUUUUAGCAUCACUGGAUGGAGAGAAGCUGGAACUCUUAAAAAAUGACCUAAUUUCCAUUAAAGACAUCUUUGCAGUCAAAGAAUUAGAGGGUGAAGAGAAUCAAGAAGAACAAGGCUUAGAAGAGAAGGGAGAAGAGUUUGCUCGCAUGCUUACAGAGCUCCUCUUUGAAUUACAUGUUGCAGCCACACCUGACAAACUCAACAAGGCCAUGAAAAAAGCCCACGAUUGGGUAGAAGAGGAUCAGACCUUGGUGUCAGUAGAUGUGGCCAAAGAAUCAGAGGAGGAAACUAAGAAGGAAGAAAAGGAAGAGAAGGCUGAAGACCUUCAAAAAGACAAAAAGGAAGAAAAGAGAGCUAAGACUGUAGAGGAAGUAUACAUACUGUCCAUUGAAAGUCUGGCAGAAGUCACUGCGCGUUGUAUCGAGCAGCUUCAUAAAGUUGCAGAAUUAAUUCUUCAUGGACAAGAAGAGGAGAAACCAGCUCAGGAUCAAGCAAAAGUUCUGAUAAAGUUAACUACUGCAAUGUGCAAUGAAGUGGCCUCUUUAUCAAAGAAGUUUACAAAUUCUUUAACCACUGUUGGGAGCAACAAGAAGGCUGAGGUCCUUAACCCCAUGAUCAAUAGUGUAUUGUUAGAGGGCUGCAAUAGCACGACGUACGUCCAGGACGCCUUCCAGCUGCUGCUGCCUGUCCUGCAGGUCUCACACAUCCAGACCAGUUGUUUGAAAGCACAGCCAUGACCUUGCACGACACCCUGCAAGGUGAAGGACAGGCCACAGUGUGUGUGCGUGCACGGUUAAAGGGGAUGUUUUUGAUGCAGCUGGCCUGAGACGCCCAUUGGAGAACACUACGAGCAGUUUUGCACAGACAGUAUUAAGAAUGAAGGUUUAAAGGGGAUUACCAUGCUUUUUGAUGUAUAUGGUUGUUUUUGCAAAUAAUUGUGUUUUCUUUAUGUUAAUUUAAACUUAUACAGUUUAUAUGGAAAGUUUCCUUUCAUCUAAAAUUCAUUCACACAUAUUCAUGUGUGUUUUUCCCAGUCAAGCAUGCCUAUAUUUAGAGAUUUGGAGGCAGACCCUAGAUUUUUUUUUAAAUCUUAAAUUUCUGCCUUGAAAUGUCACAUCAAUUUUUAUACUGAACUUUGUUUUGUUACCUAAAUGUCAUGGGAAAAAUAACACUACUUACAGAUCUUUUCUGUUAUGGUAUAGGAGAAACAUAAAGUUAUUCAUUCUUGCAAUAAGCAUUUACUGAGCACCUACUGUGCGCUCACAGUAAAGGAACACAGUCUCACCCCAGGUGAGGCAGAUACUCUGAAAGACGGUUUACAAGAUAAUUCUUAAAAGACUUUGAAAUACUAAUAAAUUUUCUAAAUCUUAAGACAUCAGAGAAGGUAAAUUGGUGCUUUUUAAAAUGUUCUACCCUUCAAUUUUUCAAAUUUAUUCUAUUUUUGUAACCUCCUUGAACUUUUUUAAUCCCGAACUUUAAAUACAGGGUAAAAAUAUGCAUGAAAAGGGGUACUAAAGAGUAUUUAAUUUAAAACUGACCUCUUAAGAUCAUAAGCACACAAUGGCAUAAUUUCAAAGCUUGGAAGUAUUUAAAUAGAAAAUUGAAAGGAUCCCAGGACUGUAUUUUACAAAUCUACUAUACUGAUCACUUUCACUGGUGGCAAAGGACAGAAAAUACUGGCGUGUGGGUGACUGGCUGGUGUGUUGAAGACCUUCCUUGCAUGUGGGGAACAUCAUGAUGGACACUUCUGAGUCCCGCACGCUCAUCACAGGUGACACUGUGUGAUGCUCUUGUCCCACAGCCCCGCUGACAUCCCCAUCAGCAGUGUCAGAAGAAAUCGUGCCCGGUGGCUCUCUCCAAGGCAAAUGAAGCUUGUAGUUUUGCAAGGGGUGAACAAUCCUUUGUUCACGUUUGCUUCUAUUCCCAAUAGAAUCAACUGCCUUUGUUCCCUACAGACCACAUAGGGAUGUUUUAGUAUCAUCCUGCUUCUCAUUAGCAUUUCAGUUGCCUUUGUUCUGUAUUUCAUUUGUAUAUCUCUGAAACAGCCAAACAGAAACAUCAGAACAAUUUCGUUACAACUUGCAAAAAUAAGAUUCUCUAAGGAAUCAAUUAAAGAUGUUUCUUUUGUCCUUGUUUUGAUUGUCUGAAGUGUUUCUGUUACUAAGUCUAGAGGUGAUUAACUGGUGCAAAUGCUACACUUUCCUCUUCCUACAUGUUAGAAUUUUUAUGUAUAGCACAGAGGAAAGGAAUUUGAUUUAUAAUUUCUCACAUGAUUUUUUUUAGCAUCACUGGCUAGAAAUGUGAAAGAGACACAAAAACUUUCAAAGGAGCUAGCUUCCCAGACUUAGACUUUAAAUCUAACUACACCCAAUUUCGUGCACAGGAAAUAUUUAACAUAAAAUAAAGUAGACAUUUUUUAAAAGAAUAAGAGAGGGAAUUAUUUAAAAUAAAGUGGUUAAUAUUACUGACAUUGCAUUUACCUUUUAAUGACAUAAUGUCAAAGGUUGCUGAGUGCAGACACAGGCUAAGAAAUGAUUCCCUGGUCCGUGGUCUGUGAAGUACAUUAUUAAGGAGAAUAAUCGCUCAAUAUUUAUCUACCCUCCAGGAUUUCUGUCUUUCAAUACUAGUUUUCACCAUCCCUUUUAAAUAAUUGCUUCUCUGCUCUACUUUAGAAGCUAGCAAAGCAGAGAAUCCAUAUCUGGACAAAUGUCAGUCAGUUCCUGAAUGAAUGAUUUAGCAGGAUUACCGUGAAAGUUUUGUAUUCCUUCAGUAAUCCUUUACAUAAAUUGGGUUCAUUGCACUCUAUGCAAUUAUUCUGAACAAGCAUGGCAGCUUUUCUCUUACUUCAAGUGCAAAAAAGUUCUAGUGUAAAUAAUGAAUGUAGUUCUGUGCCUGAGCCUGAUUAAAUAAAAAAGCACCUAAAACAUAUUUCAAAUUCAAAGUAAAAUGCAUUCAAGAAAAACUGCUUUGGGGUAUUGGAAAUGCACAGAUCUGCACAGCAAAAUUGAGUCCUAAAUCUGAAAGCAUGAGCCUGAGCUUAAACAUUGCAUCCCACCGAGAACAGAAAUCUCUAGUUGCUCUGGGUCUCCCCCUGGGCUGCACGUCCAACGCAGAGUUGAUGGUGCUGUGGCCCGCUGAGGCUGUGGCAGGAGCCAGCGGAGGUGUGCACAGCCUCAGCAACACCACCUAAGGCAGUGACGGCAAACCUUUUAAAGAAGCUUCCAGUGAUGACAAACAGCUCACGCGGAACCCGUCCUAUAGGUUCGCCACCACUGACCUAAGGGAUGUACACCCUCUGCAGACCUCAGAGGGGAAGGCUGGGCAGGCCCAGCCCCCGGGGCUGAGGCUGCUGAAAGAAAGGGCUGAAUACUCAGUAGAGCCUUGAAUGCAUUGAUGGAAGUAUUUCCUCGUGCUUCAGAUGGAGUAACCAGCGACCGGAGGUGCUCGUAUCUCCAAAGUCACCUUCUGCACAGGCUGCCCAUGCUGAGUUUAUGUUAGGAAAAAAGGCAGCUCCGAAUCCUAACCAUUGCAGAGGCCCAGGGUCAGGGAAGCAAUCAGCAAAACUUUGAUAUAAGCAUUGCAUUUCUAUUCCUUCCUUAAGAAAAAUGUGUGUGUGUGCGUGCGCGCGCGCACGCGUGCAUACUCUGAACAGAUGGGGUUGAUGAUAAUACAUAGCUUCAAAUGUCAUUUAAUUUUAUAAAAGCAAUUAUUUUACAGGGUCAAGCUAGUUUUUUUGUAUAAUGUAAAAAUUGCCCUUUGAUCUUCCUCUUAAGCGUGUCUUACAUUCUCAUAUUCAGAACCAGGCUUCAACUUGGUUUCUUCAAUUACCAUGUUUCUAAAGACGCAUCACAAGAGAUCAUACUGAAAAUCCAUCUUAGAACGGCAAUUUUGUCCGGUUUUGUAGUUGAUCAGAAUUCAUAAUGCCAUAGGAGUGGAUUCAGACCAGCCAUUCUUCACGUAAAAGAAAACAAAUGAUGUGGUUAACCAUGUGUUUUAUUUGUCUGAGUAUUUCAUCCCUUAGGCAGUUUUAUGUUCAUUUUCUGUAUGUUCACCCGUACGAGAUGGUCUGCUGGAAUGUCUGCUAUUAAACAGUUCUGAAGGCA